UUUACCUCCAGGGUUAUUGCUGGGGCUCGGUGCCUGCACCACGAAUCCACUGCUCCUAGAGGCCAUUUUCUCCCAUUUUGUUGUCCUUGCUUUUUUUUUUUUUUUUAAUAGUUGUUGUGGUUAUUAUUAUUGUUGUUGGACAGCACAGAGAGAAAUGGAGAGAGGAGGGGAAGACAGAGAGGAGGAGAGAAAGACACCUGCAGACCUGCUUCACCAUUUGUGAAAUGACCCUCCUACAGGUGGUGAGCCGACAGCUGGAACCAGGAUCCUUGUACUGGUCCUUGCACUUCGCUCCAUAUGUGCUUAUUCCACUGCACUACCCAGCCCCCGAGGACAGCUUUCUACAUGAGCCGGGAAGGUGCCUGGAGCUCACCUGCCUGUCUUCCUUUGGCAUCUCCAACUUGCUCUGUUGAGUUGGACUCAACUGAGAGAACAGAAGGAAAGCAGGCCAUGGCUCCUUUGCCUGGGUUGGAAAACCUGCAGUUCGAUAAUCAAAUGGAGAAGGCUGCUGACCGACAGGCCUCCACGCCUGAGAACAGGAUGAAGGCUGACCACAGUGACACCUGGGAGCCUGUGGUUAAGUUGGAACUGGAGGAGCCGCCCCACACCACGGUGGCAGUGUCAGAGGAGCCCACAGAGGUAGAAGACCCCUGGGACCUGCCCGAGCUUCAGGACACGGGGAUCAAGUGGUCAGAGAAAGACACCGAAGGAAAGAUGCUCAGUAUCCUUCAAAAUGUGGGAAAAAUCACUGCGAUUCUGGGAUUUCUCUACCUGUUCGUGUGUUCCUUGGAUGUUCUCAGUAGUGCCUUCCAGUUGGUUGGAGGCAAGGUGGCUGGACAGUUCUUUAGUAACAACUCUGUUAUGACCAACCCUGUGGCUGGGAUGAUGAUUGGGGUGCUGGUGACCGUCCUGAUUCAAAGUUCCAGCACCACUACCUCCAUUGUCGUCAGCAUGGUGGCCUCCUCACUGCUCACGGUGCGGACCGCCAUCCCCAUCAUCAUGGGGGCCAACAUCGGGACCUCAAUCACCAACACCAUCGUGGCGCUCAUGCAUUCCGGGGACAGGAAAGAGUUCAGAAGGGCCUUUGCGGGGGCCACCGUCCAUGACUUCUUCAACUGGCUCUCUGUGCUGGUGCUCCUGCCCCUGGAGGCUGCCACCCACUACCUCGAGAUCCUCACUGACCUCGUGGUCAACUCCUUCAACUUCCAGAAUGGGGAGGAUGCCCCGGCACUUCUGAAAGUCAUCACAGACCCCUUCACAAAGCUCAUUGUCCAGCUGGAUAAAAAAGUGGUGAAACAAGUGAUCAUGAAUGAUGAAUCAGCCAAAAACAAGAGUCUGGUCAAGAUUUGGUGCAAAACUCUCACCAAAGUGAUUCCAAUGAACGUCACUGUCCCCACACCAGAGAACUGCACCUCCCCAUCCCUCUGCUGGACAGAUGGUUUGAAAACAUGGACCAUCAAUAAUGUGACCCACAAGGAGAACCUGGAGAAAUGUCAGCACAUCUUUGUGAAUUCCAACCUCCCAGACCUGGCUGUUGGAUGCAUCCUGCUGGCUCUGUCUUUGUUGAUACUUUGUGUUAGCCUAAUCAUGAUGGUCAAGUUCCUGAAUUCCCUGAUCAAGGGGAAGGUUGCUGUUGUCAUCAAGAAGACCUUCAACACCGAUUUCCCCUUCCCCUUUGCCUGGGUCACUGGCUACCUGGCCAUCCUCGUGGGGGCAGUGAUGACCUUCCUCGUGCAGAGCAGCUCUGUGUUCACAUCUGCUGUGACCCCACUGAUCGGUAUUGGUGUGAUCUCCAUCGAGAGGGUGUAUCCACUCACUCUGGGCUCCAACAUCGGCACCACCACCACUGCCAUCUUGGCUGCCCUGGCUAGUCCUGGAGACACUAUGAAGAGCUCCCUCCAGAUCGCCCUGUGUCACCUUUCCUUCAACGUCACGGGGCUCUUGCUGUGGUAUCCCAUCCCCUUCACCCGCCUGCCCGUCUACCUGGCCAAAGGACUGGGCAACAUUUCUGCUGAUUAUCGCUGGUUUGCAGUCGUCUAUCUGGUUGUCUUCUUCUUCCUGAUCCCCCUGGCUGUAUUUGGCCUCUCGCUGGCCGGCUGGCCCGUGCUGACAGGUGUGGGGGUGCCUAUUACUUUCAUAAUCCUGCUGGUCAUGGCUAUCCGGCUGCUGCAGGCCCACUACCCCAACAUCCUGCCUGAGAAGCUGCAGAGCUGGGCCUUCCUGCCGCUGUGGCUGCGCUCGCUGGAGCCCUGGGACCGCGUGGUGACUCUGCUCCUGGGCAGCUGCAGGUGCUGCGCCAGGCAGAAGGGGGCGCAGGAGGAUGCUGUCCACAGCACAACCGUAGAACUCAAUAACCGCAGACGGAUCUACCUGCACCAGAACAACAAGAACUCAGACGUUCUCUGCACUGCCCUGUAGGGGGCGCCCUGACGCAGCGGGCAGGCACCCUGGAGCCACAUUCUCCAAGUUCCUUUGCAGGCCUUGCUGCCAGGGACUUGUGCUCCAUCGGAAACAGACUUGAUCUCAGUCCCAGCUCUCUCCCCAAGCUCAGUUCCCACUUCCUGGAGCUUUGAUUUCAGCCCCUGUUCCCCCAGUCUCCCAGCUCAGGAAGUGGCAGAGCAGCCCCAAGAGAGAGAGAGAGACCCAGUCAUCGGAACUGGGCUCAAGAGAUGUCACACCCACCUCGCACCACACUGGGAUGGACUGUUGCACCCGAUUGCAGGGUGGGGAGUGGGUA